AACAACAGCAACAACAGCAACAGCAAUAUGGUAAUUAUCAAUACAAUAGUAAUAGCAGUGGUAUGGGUAAUGUCAAUAGACCAUAUCCAACAGGCUAUUAUAAGUAAUCAUGUAUUGUAGUUUUAUUGAAAUGAAGUUAGUAAAGCAAAAAGUCAUUAAAUUAGAUAUUCUAACUAUUGUUGUUAUGCGUGUAUGCUUUCUAUCUUGUUGUUUAGUAAAGUUUAAAGAGGUGAAGAGAAAGAAUGGAAAUGGUUGUGUCAUGAGCAAAUUUGCUUUACUGAUUUCAUUUCAAUUCAAUUACUUUCGUGUUAUUAUUUUUUUCUGUUUAUAAGGCUAAUUUUUAUCUCCAGUAGAUAAUAAUAGUAUCAAGGCUGCCUCUAUUAAGAAAUCACCAUCCAUUGCCUCUUUGAAUAAUCGAGUUUCAAUCUCAUCCAAUCAUAGCCAGUAUGUCCAUACACAUCAAAACGAUAGUAAAUAUGGCAAUAUUAUCAUGUCAAAAUCAUUUCAAAAUGUAGAGCCUAUUCCCGUUCCACAUAUACCAAAUGAUGCUGUAUUAGAAGAACUAGCAGGUCGUCAAAUGCUGGCUUCUUUGCCUCGAGAUAUACCAUUUAAAGUGAUUGAUUUGCAAGAUAAACAAGAUCCAAGCUUAUUUCUUUCCAUUGCAGAACUAUUACGCUAUCGCGCCUCCAAUAGUCAAGGUAGACUGAUUCCUGCAUUCUCCCAGAUAGACGACAAGGGCAAAGAACUUACAAAUGUCACUUGGGAAAAACUGGACGCCAGAGCCGAGAAAGUUGCGUUAGUCAUUCAAGAAAAAUCAGGUCUUAAAGUAGGUGAUUGUGUUGCUUUAAUUUACCGUAAAUCAGAAAUUGUGGAUUUCAUUGUUUCGCUUCUGGGCUGUUUUAUUGCUGGCAUGGUGGCUGUUCCUAUCAAUGCCAUUGAGGAUCUAUCCGAACUCUGGUUUAUUUUACGCGUUUCUAAAAUCCACUUGGUCUUGACAACAGAGAACAAUCUCAAGACACUCACCAAAAGUGUAAAGACAAGAAAUUCAGAGUUUCCCAAGAACGUGGAUUGGUGGCCAACGAACGAUUUUGGUUCGCUGUAUACGCAUCAGAUCAAAUCUGGCAAAUAUAAUUCACUCAGGUCUACUCCUUUGGCUUAUAUUGAAUUUACAAAGUCAAUCAAUGGUGAACUGAAAGGUGUUGCUGUAUCACAUCAUGCAAUUAUGAGUAGCUGUCAUUCCUACACAGCAGGAACGACAGAAACUAUUGUCUUUACUGCUGAAGACGGAACUACUUCUAUAGUGCCCAACUGGGAUGCACAAGGCGCUGAUAUCCUCUUAACAUACCUUGACUCGCGUCAACAAUUAGGUCUCAACUUGUCCGUCUUAGGCUCUAUUUAUAAUGGAAGCCAUACUAUUUUUGCAAAUGCUACUAUCAUGGAGACACCAGCUGCUUGGAUUUAUGUCUUGUCGAAAUAUAAAGUGACGAUUGCUCUGGCCGGCUAUCCUGGUGCUUUCUACGCUACGAAAUACUAUCAAAAAAAUACAAAAGAAGUCUUGAAUUACAGUAAAAAAUCUACACCAGAUCUCUCAGCACUUCGGCUUUUGUUUAUUGAUACCAUCCUCGUAAAACCAGAUGUCAACGAAUUUAUUGCCAAUAAGCUUUUGAAACCAUUGAUUAAACGCAUGGUAUAUAACACUAUUGAUAUCAUUACGCCCAUUCUCUCUUUACCCGAACAUGGUGGUGUUAUUGUUAGUUUUCGAGAUUUUCUUGGCCCUGGAAAACUAGAGGAGUUCGAACAAUCGUAUGAUCAGCAAGACAAUAUCACCACCACAAGAAAAAAGACUGUAUUUGCUCCAGGUAAAGCAAGGGACAUUUGGGAAUGUGUCCUGGAUGCCAGUGCUUUACGUCAAAAGAAAGUAGCCGUGCUUGCAACCUCAACAUCAGAAGGCGUCAUAGGCGGCGAUGAAGCUGGCUAUUUAAGAGUGAGCUCACAUGGAUUUCCCUUUCCAAACAUGAGUAUUGCUAUUGUGGAUCCAGAAACAACGCUGCUUUGUCCCUCAGACACAAUUGGUGAGAUUUGGGUUGAUGCGCCUUCUUUGGGAGAUGGGUUUUGGGGUAUUCCUGCUUUAACAGAAGUUGUGUAUCAAGCCAUACCCAUUCUAGUACCUGCAGAGACACUUCAGCCUGAGCCUUAUAACAGACGGUUCGUACGAACAGGGUUGAUUGGAACCAUGAUUGGUGGCCGUUUGGUUGUUUUGGGAACUUUUGAGGAUCGUAUUCGACAACAAAGACUAGAUGAGCCCAAAGAAGAAGUUCAUAUUGGAAGUGAUUUGACAAACACAAUUACGAAGAAAUUGCGUAUUAAUUCAUGCACAGCAUUCGACAUCUAUGUUAACGGACAGUAUUUACCUGUGGUUGCUAUUGAGCUUAACGUAACGACCAGCAAUGAAGCUGCAAAGCUGAUGGAAGAAGUCUCUGAUACUCUUCUGGCCUAUCAUGGUGUUCGUGUCUAUGCCGUGUUCAUCGUCAAGAAAGGUCAAUUGCCUCGGUUUAUUAAAGAUGGAAACCAGUACAUACACCACCUCCUCACAAAGCGUCGAUUUUUAUUAGGUCAAUUGCCCAUCAACCACAUAAAGAUAGAUGUAGACAAUACUAUCAUAAGCGAAGCAACGUCUCCUCUAUUGCAUUGUAAAACGGACUUCAUGUCUCUCUGGCACUCAACACUCAGCUCAUUCGAGCGAGCAACUUCACUUGGGCUCAUAUUGCCUAGCUCUCAGCCACAACAUUCAGGCAUUGAAGUCGUCAAAACUGCAGUGGAUGAGCGCACUGGUUACGAUCUUUCACGUUUUACAAACAUGAUAGACAUCAUUUUAUGGCGUACUUCCUUAUACCCUGAAGAAAACGUAUUUAUCUCUGCUUAUCAAGGCACAACAAAGUCAUUGACUUGGCGAAAAUUCAAUUAUCAGAUUGCUUCUAUCGCUCAUUAUUUCAUCAAAAAAUGUAUGCUGAAGCCUGGUACACGAGUGAUGGUCUUUUUACACUUUCAUUUGGACCUUGUUCGUACACUGUAUGCAUGUUUUGUGGUUGGCUUGAUUCCUGUGUUAUGCUCGCCUUUAGAUCUGGUUAAUUCCUCACAAAGGAAGGUGCAACACGAAAUGGAAGUGAUGAUACGCACCAUCAAUGACUUAAAUGUACAAUAUAUCCUUGUCAGUUCGUCAUCAGAAGAUGUGUUGCGACAUAAAACCAUCGCAACAACCCUCAAACUGGCUCUUUCAGAACGACUACCUGUCCAAAUCAAUAUAGAAAAAGCACCCAAGUACAACAAACUCUUGGGUCCUGAGAGUGGACUUUCUAUUCAUUCAGAAUGGGCCUCAGACAAGACAAGACCAGCUUUUAUUUUGAUCCAUCCCAGUAAAUCAACACCAGAUUAUGCUGUAGGUGAGCGAUAUAUUACUUAUACCCAUGACAAUAUUGUGUCUCAAUGUCGAUCUCAAAAACUGACAUGUCAAAUCAAAUUUCAAAACCCUUUGGUCGCUACUGGUACCAAUGAUUUGGAAGGACUUGGACUACUGUAUGCUGCUUUUUGUGGUAUCUAUGCAGGGUGCUCCACUAUCUUAAUUUCCAGUGCAGGAUUUCAACAGGACCCUUUAUUCUUUUUUGAAUUAGUAGCGCGCAAUAGGUGUUCUACUGUUUAUGCCAACUAUACGUUAUUUGAAUGUGCUAUGAGCAAAAUUGCACCUUCUCAGCAAAGGCAGAUUUCACUUCAGGGCAUGCAAAAUGUGAUGUUGGCUGUGUCCAGUAGAGCAAAUCCCAAGUUAUACGAAAGAAUUUCACGUUAUUUAUCACUCAGUCGACUAGAAAAAAAUACCAUUAAUACUGUGUAUAGCCAUCCUCAGAAUCCAAUGAUUACGACCCGCUCUUUUAUGCUUUUGGAACCUCUCUCUCUCGUGGUAGAUACAGAAUGGCUAAAGCAAGGAAUUAUUUGUCCUACCGACGAUACUUCUCGUGGUAUUCUUCUACAAGAUUCUGGUAUUGUGCCAACCAAUACUAUGAUAGCCAUUGUAAAUCCAGCCACGAUGACCUUGUGCCCAAGCAAUGUGAUGGGAGAAAUAUGGGUAACUUCAGACAGUAAUAUAAAGGGAUUAUUUGCCACAAAAGAAGAGUACAACAAUGUGUUUGAAGCCACUAUUAAAGGCGCUGAUCCUCGAUUAACUUAUAUGCGAACUGGAGAUGUUGGUUUUCUUUGGAAAAUGCAAAGAGGAGCUAUCGGUACACAAACACCUUUAGAAGAAGGUCAAUGUUUAUUUGUUUUGGGCCAUUUGGACGAAAUCAUUGUAUCGAAAGGCUUGUUUUAUUUUCCUAUGGAUAUCGAGAAAACAGUUGAGAGUUCGCAUCAAGAUAUUAUACCUGAAGGAUGUUAUGCUGUACAGGCCACAAAUAAUGAAAUCAUACUCAUUAUAGCUAUUCAACCUGGAAAUGGCCCUUUACUAUCUAUUAUACCAGUCAUCGUUAAUUCUGUUUUAGAACGACAUGCAUUACUUGUAGAUACAAUUGUGAUGGUAGAGAGACAUCAGUUGCCAAAAAGACAUAACGAAACCAAGCUUCGAAAAAAAAUAUUAUCCAUGUACAUUCAAGGCAAAAUGUAAGUUUACUCUUUAACAAUACUUGACUGAUAAUUCUUUUAGAACGAGUAUACAUGCUUGUCGUAUCAAAAAUCAACACCAACCUAUCUCAAAAUCACAAAGGGACAAAAGGCAGAGUCUCCCUCUAGAUACUGUGCAUCGCAGUAUGGGCAAUAUGGAGACCCAAUCUAUGCUAUCCUUUAGCUAUCAAUCACAGAAAAACGUUGAUACUGCUAGCAUAAGUCAAAACCAAACCCCUACACGCUCUUCUUUUAAUCAAUAGAAGCCAAUUGUUCUAAUCUCGCAUAAAUCUGUG